AGGCUUGAGUCCAUCCUUAAUGAACUUCCUAAAUUGGUCCUCAAGAAAUGGCCACACAAGCCUGUCGAGCGAGAUACCUGGGUAACCACCAGAAGAAAGCUAACAGCGUUCCAAUGGCCGCCUCCGGGCGGGAGAGGUGGAGCCCGAGAUUGUUGCUUUUUUCAUAAAUCCCGUUCAGCAAGUUGUAUGGCUUUAGGCAAAUGACUUAAUCCCCGAAUUUCAGGUUCGUGGUCUGUAAUACAGAGAUGUGAUAAUAGUACCUACACUUAAUAGGGUUGUUACGUGGGUUAAACGGUGAGUGACCGUGAAAUGUUUAGGAUCUUGGGGGAAGGUUGCAAAACAGGAGGAAGAACCUGCCCUGUCGGCCUUCUCGACCGAUCCUGACCCACUUCCUCUUUCUGACAGCCCCAGGGACUCAACCGGCCCGGUCCUCCGGCUCGCGGGCCGGGUCAGCCCUCUAGAAGUUAAGAGUCUCCGCGUCUCCAUUGGUCGCCACCGGCGAAUCCCCACCCCCCAGCCCGGCCUCAACACCUGCCGAUUGGCUCCCGGGCGAGACCUGUCACCCGCACGUCAAUGACCACCGCCCUCCAAUCACAGCCGUGCAGGGGCGGGGCCGGCGGGCGCUGGACUAACUGGAGGACUUCCCGGGGUCGAGGCCACUGGACCCGCCGUUGGAACCAGGCCUGGGCCCCGCCUCAUCUGGACUCCACCCUCGCCCCGCCCGCCCUCUAAGCCACGCCUCCAUCUCCUAUGCAGCUCCUAGGCCAAGCCCCGGAGGCACGGAGGGUCCCCAGACCAAAGGCGGUGGGCUUCCCAGCCCGGAUCCCGCCUCGCUGCUGCUGCUCUCGCCCCCCGCCCACACCCCCGAAGGCAGCGCCGAAGUCGUCCCGGGUCGCGGCGACAUGCCGGAGCUGGUGGUGACAGCGCUGCUGGCGCCGUCGCGCGUCACUCUGAAGCUCCUGCGCGCCUUCAUGUGGAGCCUCGUGUUCUGCGCGGCGCUGCUGACCGCCGCCGUCUAUGGCUGCAUCGCGCUCACGCACGUGCUGUGCCGGCCCCGGCGCGGCUGCUGCGGGCGCCCCCGGCGCACCCCACCCGCCUGCUUGAGCGACCCCACGCUGGGCGAACACUGCUUCCUGACCCUCAAGAGCUCGGGCCUGCGCCUCCACUAUGUCUCCGCUGGACGUGGCAACGGACCCCUCAUGCUGUUUCUGCACGGCUUCCCGGAGAACUGGUUCUCCUGGCGCUACCAGCUUUGGGAGUUCCAGAGCCGCUUCCACGUGGUGGCUGUGGACCUACGGGGUUACGGCUCCUCAGAUGCACCUCGGGAUGUUGACUGUUACACCAUCGACCUGCUGAUGGCGGACAUCCAGGAUGUCAUCCUGGGCCUGGGUUAUUCCAAGUGCAUCCUGGUGGCCCACGACUGGGGUGCGGUCCUCGCCUGGAAUUUCUCCAUCUACUACCCGUCCCUGGUGGAGCGGAUGGUAGUUGUCAGUGCGGCCCCCAUGUCUGUGUACCAAGACUACUCUAUGCACCACAUCAGCCAGUUCUUCCGUUCCAACUACAUGUUCCUGUUCCAGCUUCCCUGGCUGCCUGAGAAGUUACUGUCCAUGUCUGACUUCCAGAUCCUGAAGACCACCCUCACACACCGCAAGAGAGGCAUCCCACACUUAACCCCCAACGAGCUCGAGGCCUUCCUUUAUGACUUCUCCCAGCCCGGUGGCCUCACUGGGCCCCUCAACUAUUACCGAAACCUCUUCAGGAACCUUCCCCUGGAGCCCCAGGAACUGGCCACGCCCACGCUGCUGCUGUGGGGAGAGAAGGACACGUACUUGGAGCAGGGGCUGGUAGGAGCCAUCAGCAGUCGCUUUGUGCCCGGCCGGCUGGAGGCCCACAUCCUGCCGGGCGUGGGGCACUGGAUCCCACAGAGCAACCCCGAGGAAAUGCACCAGUACAUGUGGGCCUUCUUGCAAGACCUGCUAGGCUAGCAGCCCUCGCUCCCUGGCCUGUGUGCACCUGGGAGUCCACACCACGUGCACACCACGACGGACUCCCGGAUCACGCACAGGCGUGGAACUCCUAGACCACACACGAGUGUGUCUGUGGAUGCCCGCAGGCGCACCAGGCUGUUUGCUCACACACCGGUGUGAGUGUCUGUGCACGUGAACGAGCACUUCAGCCCUGGGGAACCGGGUACUUCUCUCCUCUGUGGAGCUGGAUACCCAGCGUCCUACCUCUCCCCUCCCUGGGGCCUUCCCCUUCCUGCCAACGUCAGCCCCCAGAGCUGCACAAACCACAGAUUCUGACCUUCCCGUCCCUGGCUUUCAUCUCCAAUCUGAGUCUUCAGCUAAAAGCUGUUCUGUCCAGUAGGGUAACUGGCAGCCGUAUCUGGCUGCUUCGAUUUAAAUGGAAAUUAAUUAAAAUAUGAUCGAUUAAAAAUCCAGUCCCUCGGUCACUCUAGCCAUGCUUCAAGGGCUCCACUGACACAUCAGCAUAAAGCAUUCUAUUGGACAGUGCUGAUGAGGGUACUCCUAGAAUAGGGGUGUCUGUACCUGGCUCCUGACCAGCUCUCCAAGGAAAGACCCUCAUGUACAAGCAGGUGUGUGUCUAGAUUCCUGUCUAGGCAGGCCCUGGGCAGCUCCCACCAUCUCCCUCCCGGUUGUGACUCCAGACCCUGCAAGGUCAAGAUCUCUAGGUGCGGCCUGGGCAAGAUCCCUGGGAUCCCUGUCUCAGAUUCGUGGAAAAACAGCCCUAGGCUAUGCUAGGGUGGAUGUUUGAGAUUCUGGACAGGGCACAGGAAGGGACCGGCUCCCUGAAUGACCAUCUGAAGUCUGAGGCCUGCCUCUCCAGCGCCUGGAAUCUUCUCCAAGUUAACCACAGAUUCCGCUGGUUCUUUG